UCGUAUAUUCCGAAUUUAUUUACGUGCUACCUACGUGUACCGACACAUGCACAAUAUAGACGAAUAAUGGAGUUGCCAUUUGGUGUAAUUGGUACGAUUGGAGAAGAUGACAAUAUUUCUAUUGACUCUGAAGAAAGCAGCAGUGAUGAAGAGGCUGCCCAACCCAAGAAGGUAACUGAUAAAAAGAAGAAGGAAGGGAAAGACUUUUCUCAGGAUUUUGAGUUCACCAAUUCUCUCUCAGACGACGAUGGUCCCUGGUCGGCAGGCCUCGCCUCUCAAGCUUCUUCACAGAGGGUGACCACAUCUUUAGAAUACAAGAUAGCAAGGAUUAGAAAAGAGAGGAAAAAGAAGGAAGCUGAAGAAAAAGACAAAAACAAAGAGAACCAGGUGGAUGAGAAACUGGAUGAUGGAGAUGAAAAUGAAGGGGAUGAUGAAGAGGAGGAUGAUGAAGAUGAGGAGGAGGAGGAGGAGGAUGAUGAUGUCCAAGGCUUUGAUGACUUUGCCAAAUGGGACAAGGUAAAGUUCAAGCCAAACAGUGAAAAGAGACUGAAGAGGAAGAAAGGAGAGGAGGAAAAGCCGUUCUUCGAGGAGCUGAGGGAUGACAGCAAGGCUAUGGCUUUCACUGAAAUGAACCUUUCAAGACCUAUCCUUAGAGCUAUCAGUGGUCUCAAUUUCACCGAACCAACUCCCAUUCAGUCAGCCACCAUACCUGUAGCCCUUCUUGGUAAAGAUAUAUGUGCGUGUGCAGCCACUGGAACAGGUAAAACUGCUGCCUUCAUGCUUCCAGUGGUUGAGCGUUUGUUGUACAAGCCCAAGCAAGCCCCAGUCACUAGGGUUCUGGUGGUGACCCCGACCAGAGAACUUGGUGUUCAGAUAUUCAACGUCUCCAGGCAGCUGUGUGAAUUCACAAACAUUGAGUGCUGUCUUGCUGUUGGCGGUCUGGAUAUCAAACUUCAGGAGGCUGCCCUGCGGAAGGGUCCAGACAUCGUCAUAGCAACCCCUGGUCGUCUGAUCGAUCAUCUGCACAACGCUCCAACGUUCAGUCUGAGCAGUGUGGAGGUUCUCAUCCUAGAUGAAGCAGACAGGAUGUUGGAUGAGUUCUUUGAGGAGCAGAUGAAAGAGAUUAUUAAGAUGUGCUCAGUAGCCAGACAGACUAUGCUCUUCUCGGCUACCAUGACGGACCAGGUAAAAGAUCUUGCGUUGGUGUCUUUGAAGAAUCCUGUCAGAAUAUUUGUCAAUGAGAACACAGAUGUGGCGUACAACCUGCAGCAAGAAUUCAUCCGCAUCAGAGACAACAGAGAGGGCGACAGAGAAGCAAUAGUAUCAGCGCUGUGUUGCCGAAACUUUCACGAUCACUGUAUGGUGUUUGUACAGACGAAGAAGCAGGCUCAUAGGCUGCAUGUCAUCCUUGGUCUUCUGGGGAUCAAGGUCGGUGAGCUUCAUGGAGACUUGUCACAGACCAAGAGAAUGGAGAUGUUAAGGAUGUUCAAGGAAGAUCUGAUAGAUAUCUUGGUGGCUACUGACCUGGCAGCUCGUGGUCUAGAUAUUGAAGGAGUAAAAACGGUCAUUAAUUUCACCAUGCCCAAUUCUGAGAAGCAUUACGUGCACAGGGUAGGAAGGACAGCCAGGGCUGGUCGUAGUGGCAGGUCAGUAAGUCUUGCCGGUGAGAAGGAGAGGAGGAUGUUGAAGGAGCUUGUGAAGAGAGCGAAGAACCCUGUCAAGAGUAGGAUAAUACCCCAAGGCGUGGUGGCCAAAUACCGGGACAAGAUCGCAUCCCUGGAAGAGGACAUCGAGGAGGUGCUGAGGCUGGAGAGGGAGGAGAAGGAGAUGAGGACCACCGAGCUUCAGCUCCAGAAGGCUACGAUGAUGCUCAACCACCAUUCAGAGAUCAUGAGCAGACCCAAGAGAUCAUGGUUCCAGUCGCACAAAGAGAGGAUGCAAGAGCAGGCAUCCUUAAGACUUGAUGCUGGUGCCAAGCCAGUCAUGGAUAUGAAGAACAAGAAGAACAAGAAGAAAAAGGAGACAACAGCUGAAGACCGAGUGGAUUAUGAGAUGAUGAAAGCCCAGCAGUUCGCCGCUCGGGUCGCUAAGAGAUCCAGGAAACAGAAGAAGAUUACUGCAUUUGAUAAUGAUGAACCACAACACAGGCCAGGUUUGGGCCCACCAAGCAAGAAACAGAAGAGGCAACAGUCACAACCACAGACAUCAUUUGAGAAGGAACUGACCAGUACCAGUCGCUCAUCAGUCAAACAAUUCAGGAGCAAAGCGAAUGAAGCAAAGAAGAUGAAGGAGAGGGGGAGACAACAACACUCCAAGGGGAAGGGUAAAGGAAAGCAACAAUCCAAAGGCAAGAGGAGAUGAGAGCAGCAGAAAGCUACCAUAUGGAUCUAAACAGAUUAUGAACUCUUACCUGAACCGAUCAUGAACUCUUACAGGAGCCCUGUGGCCUGUGUUUCCACUUUUUUCAAACAUAACACUGAAAACAGGAAUGAAAACUUUGGCUAUGUUCCAGUACGUUCCCACAACUACUAAAAUGUCUUGAUUAAAAAUGUCCAACAAAAACAGUUAUUAUUACCAUUUUGCAAUGCCAUUUCAUAUUGAUCGAUAAUCUAUUAUUGUAGCCAAUUCAGUGAUAUCAUUAGAUUAGCCAAAAUGAGUAUGAUAAAAUAUAUUAAUUGUCCUGUAAUUCUAUCUGUAAAGGUCUGUAUAAUGUCAUUGUGGGAUAAAGAUGUCAAGCAUAAUGAUAUUUAAUAAAACCAUAACUACUUUUCACUGUUUUCAUUUUAAAGGAAUAAUCACUAAUUGUUGCUUGUUAUAUCAGGAAAUUUGAGAUUAUUAAAUCAUGAAAUAAAAGAUAGCCACUACAUACAUGUUUGUGAUUGAUCUCGGAUAUUUUCAUAUCUUUGAAAUCAUGCUUCCCGUUUAGAUAUUUAUAGUAUAAUCCUUGUCAAAGGGUGUUUUUAUAUCAUCAAGAAUUUCUCUUGAUUUGUGCUUUGAUCUCACAGGGCAUGUUUUCUUCCCAGUCAUUUUUUUGAUAAUUUAAUUAUUCCGUUUGUCAUGUUCAAGAUAUAUCCCCUCAUGAAAGAAUAAAACUUUGAAAUGGAGUAUGA